CCAUUCGACAUACAAGUGCAUAAGAAGAUAUACGCUGAAAAACAUUUGGGGGCAACUUGUGGUGAAUCACACCUCUACAUGCUGCAGUUCUUGGAAAUGUUCAUGAAUGCAUACACAGGAAUACCGAAGAUCUCUCUAGUUUGGUUGACUCGUUUGGCUCACGACGCUAUGAAUACACUUUAUCACGCGGAUGAUCAGUUUUUGAAAUUCUUCAAAAAAAACCGGAAAAACUUCGAGCAUUCGUUCCUCUUUUUUUUCGGAGAUCAUGGGCCACGUUUUUCAGGUAUUCAAGACGUUCGGCUUGGACGAUAUGAGAACCGAAAUCCAUUUUUCCUGAUGGCCCUCCCAAAAAUUAUGCAAAACACUGCAAUUCAUGAAGAGCUACUAACCAAGUCCAUGCAGCUGAUGACCCACUUCGAUAUUCAUGCUACAUUAAACGACAUUUUGCAUUAUCAGCCACAUUCAAAAUACUCGGACACUACGGAGCGCAGAAUGCUGCCUAUCAGCAAAGGUUCAUCUUUGCUGCGAAAAUGGCGAGGACCGAGAAACUGUCAAACACUACCGAUUCCAUUCGACUACUGUAUCUGUCAGUACGAAAAGAAGAAUGUAACGUACGUCAUUCGAAAUCAAAUAGACUUUACCCAUCUUUGA